AUGAAGUGUGAUGAUCGAUGCCAGCUGUGUGGUUUCGAAGGGGAAUCGGUGAACCAUAUGCUCUUUACCUGUCAUCUUCCUAGGAAGUGUUGGGCUAUUUCCAAUAUCCCUUCUCCUCGGUAUGAUUUCAGUGACCAAUCGAUAUAUGAAAACAUUGCCUAUCUCCUGAAGGUUAUUAAGGAUGUAAGGUUCGAUGUUGAAGUCAAUAGAAGCUGGCUGUGGAUCCUCUGGUACUUAUGGAAGAACAGAAACACCUUUAUCUUUGAAGGAAAAUUGUUUGAAGCAGAGGAAAUCACAAAGAAAGCCAAAGAGGAAGCUGAUGUGUGGUUUUUGGCUCAACAAGUUCAGAGUGGAAUGGACAAGAUGGAGGCAGGUGUGAUAGAGCAGGGAGCACAUGGUAAUGUUCAGACAAUUGCUAAAGGCUGUGUCCUUUGUGAGUUUGACAUGGACCGCUCGAAAGGUUGUGGGCUCAUGGGGGCGGCUUGGAUUGUGAAAGAUGAGAAGGGAAGAGUUCUUGAACAUAGUAGGAGAGCUUUCUCAGAUGUGAAAUCUAUCGAUUAG